AUGGGAAAAGUAGUUAACGACGCUAGAAAAAAACAGCGCCACAAUCCUUUAGACCGUGAUAUCACAACGUCUAACGGAACUUUCAAGAGCACCAAAUCAAACGGGCAUGGCAAUGUUUCUGACAACGAACAAGAGGAUGAGUACUUAGAUGCAACCACAUCCAGAAAGAUUUUACAACUUGCAGCCGAGCAGCAAAAUGAGAUCGAAUCUGAUGAAAUCAAACCAGCCACUAGCUUCAAUCAAAUAGUCAGCGAAGAAGUGGAGGAGACGCUUGAGAGUGAUGAAGAUGAGGAGAACUACUCAGAUUUCGAGGGUCAAUUCGAAGAAGAAGAGGAAGAAGAAUACGAGGUCGAGGACCAAGACCUUGAGUUAUUCGAAAAAUAUUUCAGCACCAAUAACUCUGGUCUGAACUUCAAUCUUGGAGACAAGAUCAUGUCCUUGAUUCAAGAGAAGGAAGACAUGAAGGCAAAUCAAAUCCUGAAUCCAGGCGAAGAUCAAACCGCUGUUCUCUUACCACCAAAGGUUAUUGCCGCGUAUCAAAAAAUCGGGCAAAUUCUUUCUACAUACAAGCAUGGUAAGCUUCCAAAGUUAUUCAAAGUCUUGCCAACUUUGAAGAAUUGGGAAGACGUUUUGUAUGUCACAGAUCCAGAGAGAUGGACCCCUCAUGCAACUUACGAAGCCACAAAGUUGUUUGUUUCGAACUUGCAAGCUAAUGAGGCUCAACGUUUCGUAGAGAAGGUCCUUCUAGAGAAAUUCAGAACCUCCAUUGAGGAUAGUGACAAGCACACUUUAGACUACCACAUUUACAGAGCCAUCAGAAAAUCUUUAUAUAAGCCGGGUGCUUUCUUUAAAGGAUUUCUUCUUCCAUUGGUCGACAGCCACUGUACAGUCAGAGAAGCGACUAUUGCCGCAUCUGUUUUGGCAAAGGUGUCUGUUCCAGUAUUGCAUUCCUCUGUGGCCUUAACCCAGCUUGUCCAAAGAGAUUUCAAGCCUGCUGCCACCGUAUUCAUCAGAGUUUUGAUCGAAAAGAAGUAUGCUCUACCCUACCAAACUCUAGAUGAGCUUGUUUUCUAUUUCAUGAGAUUCAGACAAGCUGCACAGGAAGAGCUCGGAGUUGAGGCUGAUGAGAUGCCUCCUUUACCUGUCGUCUGGCACAAGGCAUUCUUGGCUUUUGCUCAAAGAUACAAGAACGAUAUUACUGAUGACCAAAGAGAUUUCUUACUCGAAACUGUGAGACAAAGAUUCCACCACGCUAUUGGCCCAGAGAUCCGUAGAGAACUUUUGUCUGGUAGUCCUAGAUUGGAGGCAUAA